AUGAUACUUUAUUGUUGGUUACUUGGUGGUAUUAUAUAUUUCAUAUCAAUAUAUCCUCCUUCAGCAUUCGUUGGGACAGGUUUAACAAUUAAUGAUUUUUUUUUCUUCAUCUUUAAUCAUGAUUAUGAUGGUCCAAAUUUUAUUUCAAGAAUAAUUCAUAAAUCAAGAAUUACAUUAAUUACUCAUAUAGUUUUAGCAUCAGGAUAUUUUAUGUUUAUGAAUUAUAUUUAUUAUAUUAAUUUUGAUGAUAAGAAUAUUUUUAUGUUAUUUCAAAUGAUUAUACUUUAUAGUUUAGCAUUUUAUGUAGGAUAUAAACUUUAUUUAAAGACAAACUUAAAUAAUAAUGCUGAUGAUAUUACUUUACAAUUAUAUAAAUAUGCCAGAGAUGAUGAUGAGUUAAAUGAUAUUAUAACAGAAAUAGAUGAAUAUUAUACAAAUAAUGUUCCUAUAAUACAUGGUGAUGUUGAUCAUACAAAAAUAAUUAUUCUUGGUAAUUGGCUUUUUAAAAUGGAAUUAUAUGGAGCAAAAAUUGCAAAAUUAGAUGAUACUGAAUUAAUUUUAAAAGAAACACCAUCAGAUACUAAUAAACAUCCUGCUUUAUCAUCAUUAUUUUGUGUUGAAGUUAGGGGAAUUGAUCAUAAGUAUCCACCAUUUGACAUUAUUCUUCCAUUUAAUGUUUUAGAAGAAUUAAAUAGUAGAGUUAAAACAUCUAUAAAUACUUUAUUAAUUGAAAAACAUAAUAAAAUAGCAAAUACUUUUAGACAACGUAUAUCAGGAAAUCCAAAAUAUACAAUUAGAAAAGAUGAAGAAAUAGAUAAUUGUUUAGGAUGUUUAUAUAAUAAAGCAAGUGUUAUUAUAAGAAAAAAUUGUAAUACUAUUAUAAAUGAAAUCAAUUCUCCUUCAUGUGAAGAGUGUCAUUGUCGUCCAUUAUGGUGUUUAAGAUGUUUAGCAUUAGUUUAUGAAUCAAAAUGUGGAAAAAGUAUUAAUGAUGGUAUUAAUCCUUUAUUUUGUAAAGCAAACUGUCCAACAUGCAGAGCAUAUUUCUGUAUCUUAGAUGUUUCAAUAAUAGAAGAGGCUUGA